AUCUGAGGCUCCGCCCCCAACAAACAAACAUGGCGACGUGCGGUUCCACCGUGGCGCUCCUCGCAGGAUUUGCUGUAUUUCUUGCGGUUGUAGCCUGGUGUUUCGCGGCAUCCUCCGGUGCGAGCUGUCCGGGUGUUUGUCUGGCAGCUGCUGCCGGGCUCCUGUCCAUGUUUCUGCGGAGGCUGCGGCUCCGGGACGCCGCCUCGGAGCGGCGGGUCUGCGUCCUGGUGCUGGGGGACAUCGGACGCAGUCCUCGGAUGCAGUAUCACGCUUUGUCGCUCAGCAAACACGGAUACCAGGUCACCUUUGUGGGGUUUUUAGACUCCAAGCCUCAUCAGGACGUGCUGAGCGAGGAGAAGAUCCGGAUAGUUCCCAUCUCGGAGGUGAAAGGCGUUCGAGCGGGACCCAGACUGCUGACGUACCUGACCAAGACGCUGCUCCAGUCGCUGCAGCUUCUCUGGGUUCUUCUGUCCCUGGAGCCGCAGGCUCACAUCCUGAUGCAGAAUCCUCCGGGGCUGCCUGGGAUCGCCGUGGCGUGGCUGGUGUGCGUCCUGCGCGGCAGCGAGCUCAUCAUCGACUGGCACAACUACGGCUACACCAUCAUGGCUCUGAGCCUCGGUGCGUCGCAUCCCCUGGUCCGACUCGCCAAGUGGUACGAACACCUUUUUGGACCUCUGGCCUCCCAUAGUCUGUGUGUGACCGACGCCAUGAAGGAUGACCUGCAGAAAAACUGGGGCAUCAAGGCGACCACCGUGUACGACCGACCGGCCGCCAUCUUCAGGGAGACUCCUCUGGAUCUGAAGCACCGCCUCUUCUCCAGGCUGGCCCGUUCUCACCCGCAGUUCGGCGCCUCGGGGUCCCUCUCUGACUCCACCGCGUUCACCGUCUGUAACCCUGGCGACGGCGGCGUGGCUCUCCGAUCGGAGCGGCCGGCGCUGCUGGUCAGCAGCACCAGCUGGACGGAGGAUGAAGAUUUCUCCAUCCUGCUGAAGGCUCUGGAAGACUACGAAGGCUUCAUCAGAGGAGGAGCGCCGCUGCCGUCUUUAGUCUGCGUCAUCACAGGGAAGGGUCCUCAGAAGGAGCACUACCAGAAGCUCAUCGCCGCCAUGAGUCUGGAGCACGUGAAGAUCUGCACGCCGUGGCUGGAGGCUGAGGACUACCCGCUCCUGCUGGGUUCUGCAGAUCUGGGAGUUUGUCUCCACAAGUCGUCCAGCGGGUUGGACCUGCCCAUGAAGGUGGUGGACAUGUUUGGCUGCUGCCUCCCCGUCUGCGCCAUCCACUUCCACUGUCUACAGGAGCUGGUGCAGCAUGAAGAGAACGGCCUGAUCUUCAGAGACUCUGCAGAGCUCGCCGAGCACCUGCAGUCUCUCCUGUCAGAGUUUCCCAGUUCAGACGGCAGACUGGGAGCGUUCAGGAGGAACCUGUGGGCCAGCAGGGGGCAGCGCUGGGACGAUAACUGGGACCAGAAGGUUCUUCCUCUGCUGGAUGCUCUCAGGCAGAGAUGAAAAUCCUUCGUUUUUGUUUUCUGAUCCAAAUCUGUAAAUAAAAAUCUUUAUUCUGCUG